AGAAGGGUAUAUAUAGGGGGGUGAAGUAGCCGUCAAGGUUGCAGUUCUGCUGAUUCCAGAUACCUUAUCCAUAACGCCACUUCACAUACAUAAUACCAUUUGCCCAAAUCACUCAAUAUGCCUGAAGGAGGGUGCUUUUGCAACAAGAUUCGUCUCAACUUUACAGGAGAGGCAAACGGCAAAGUACUAUGCCACUGCCUCGACUGCCGGAAGAUCAGCGGUGCAACUUUCAGCAACAAUCUUAUCAUCCCUGAAAACAAUUUCAAGCUUGAGUCCGGCAAGCCGAAAGAGAUUUCGAAGACUGCGGAUUCCGGCAAGAGGAUCACUUCUCACUUCUGUCCUGACUGCGGUACUACGCUUUACCGGACCGGCGAGUCCUUCCCAGGGGCUGUUAUCAUCAAGGCUGGCGUUCUUGAUGAUCCCAGCUUCCCAGACAACAAUGUGCCAGCGGGAGAGCUGUUCAUUGGCCACAGAGUCAAGUGGAACUCUGAAAUAAAUGGAGCUCAGCAACUUUCGGGCAUGCCGUCGUGAGGCUGAGGAUUGUAUAUAGUCGUGGUGGCAGGCAUAACCUCAUGAGUUCGUAGCCGGUAUCUCCUU